GAAUGAGUUUUUUAUCGUUGGAGCGUUGUCAAACGUUAUUUGACAUUUACAUUUUUGACUUGACCUAUAUUUACAGUUUCUAAACAUCACCGUUUAUAAAACGUUUUAAACAUGUUUAAAAUUGGAAAAAUUUUGUGUAGCGUUCCAAAAACUAGACGGAUUUUUUACCCGUUAGUGCAUAAAGUGGCAUUGAAAGGUUUUGUGAUUCAGAAAAUGAGGUUAUACAAUCAAUCGUUUUUGAGACCCAAAACAAGGAAAAGCCCUAAUAAUACCUUUGGUUCAGUUAGUAUUACCGUUGCGCUAAGCAUUUUAACCUGGCUCGGCUUCCAGAAGGACGACGACGAGAAAGAAUCUGAACUUAUCAUGACUUUGAAACGAGCGAUUUUAUGUACCCAACGUGAAGAGUUUAAUAAAGCUGAACAAAUGCUACAUCUCGCUUUAAGAAUUGCCCAGCAACAACAGAAUGAACAAGGCGUAUUAUACUGUUAUGAUUUAAUGGCCAACCUGGCUUUUAAUAGUUGCGAGUUAGAUAAAGCUGAAAAACUGUUCGUUAGCGUUUUGCAGAUGCUUUUGAGUAGCGGAACACCUGAAGAUGAUAUAAGGGUAAUUCACAUUAGCUUGAAACUAGCGCGAAUAUGUCAGCUGAAAGCCAAUAAGGAACGGGCUGACUUGGGAUAUCGUUGGUGUUUAGAAAAGAUUGAAAGCCAUAGAAACGACAAUGAAGAUGCGAAACUUUUGUAUGGUGUUAUCAACGAUUGGUAUGCCCAAUAUUGGCUAGACAAUGACGAUAUGUCCAAAGCUAUUAUACAUUUAAAUGAAGCCUACAAAGUUUGCAAUGAAACCAAAGGAAUAAAUAGCGAGAAAAGCAUGUUACUUCUAAACGAUCUAGGAAUAACGAGUUUUCGAGCAGAAGAUUAUAACAGUGCAGAAAAGUUCUUAAAAGAAGCUGUAUUAAUCGGUAAUCAGCUGGAAGAUAAGUCGCAUUUAGGUGUGGUUCAUGCAAACUUGGGUCUCAUUUUAUUGCAAAAAGGAGUCUAUGGCGAAGCCGAACGAUCUUGCAAAGAAGGAAGAAGAUUAGGUACCAGCUAUGAAAAUACGGAAUCCAUCGAGCAGUCAAAUUAUUGCCUAGAUCAAAUAAAGAUGAACAUGGGGAAGUGAUAAAUUUAAAAUUUCGUGGUGAAGGCUGUGAUAUGUGAAAUUCGUAAAACAAAACGGAAUAGUUGAAGUGUUUUAAAUAACCCAAUAAAUAUUUUUUGUGAUAAA